CUUGAUGUUUUUAGGACUAUGGUGUGCACAUCAAUCAGCUUAUAACGUAUACAGAGAGAAAGGCAAUGGAGAAGAUAUAUUUGGCAGCACGAAAAGGCGAUGUCAAAUCCCUCGCUAUCAUACUUGAUGCAAAUCCAAACCUCCGUCUUCAUGAUGCAACAUUUACUAGUUUCCGUAGAACUCCUUUACAUGUUGCAGCUAUGCUUGGUCAUGUUAAAUUUGCAGAAGAAAUUUUGCGGUUGACGUUAAAUGAUGAACAACAUCCCGCGGAUGUGAAAGAUUCGCAAGGAUUUACAGCUCUUCAUUUGGCUUCCGUAAGAGGUAAUGUUGAUAUGGUGAGAUUGCUAUUAAAUGCAAGAGUUGAUACUUGCACAGUUCCAGAUCAAGAUGGACGAACACCUCUACAUCUAGCAGCCAUGAGAAAUAAUGUUGAAGUCAUGGAAAUGCUGCUUCUUAGAAAACCUGAUGCCAUUUAUCAAGUCCUGAUGGAUCGGAGAGAAACAAUACUACACCUAUGUGUUAAACAUCACACUUUUAAGGCCUUAAAGUCGUUGGUUGAGUACUUGUCGCAUUCACCAAGUGAUACUACUACAAACCCGAACGCUACUUCUGUGAACUCCAAGGACAUUGAUGGGAACACAAUCUUGCACCUGGCAGCGAAAACAAAGCAGCUGAAGGUGAUGGAUUAUUUACUGGAGCAUGAUUACAUAGGAGUUGAAAUAAAUGCUUUAAACAAGGCUAAUCUCAGAGCCCUACAGAUGCUAGCUCAAAAUGAAAUGGAUGACAUACAGAUGUUAGCAAAAAGUGAAAUGGUUGAGCUUGAAAUUUCUUGCUUGGGAUAUUUUUGUGAAAGAGUUGAUCGAAAAACAUCGUCAGAUAACCAAUGGAUGCAUGAGAGGGUGAAUAUGCUAAUGGUCGUUGCAGUACUGAUAGCAGGCAUCGCCUUUCAAGCAACUGUUAGUCCACCUGGAGGUGUCUUUCAGGAGGAUUCAGAGGUUGAUUCGUCUAUUGACCCUGUUCUAUUUACAUAUUAUCUGAACUCCGUGAUCGGCACCACUAUGUCUGAUCAUUUUAGUUCUUACUUACAAAACCUGCUGGAACAGACGACAGCUACAAGUAAUUUUACAACAGGCAAAAACAACAGCGCUCAUUUUGUUAAGGCUCUUUCAGACAUCACGUUGAAUGAUGAUUCAUAUUCCUAUACGUCUCCGACAGCACCUGGUAUUGUGUUGGAUGAGGAUAAGUGGAGGAAAAUCUUCUCCGACUACAAUCGUAGUAUUGGAGGUGAUGCAAGCUUUUCCCCUUAUUUGAUACGUUAUGCAGGGACUCCUAUCUUGGCUUAUACAAACCCAGUUAGUUACCAGGUAUAUCUGAGCUCUAAUGCACUGGCACUUCUACUGUCUCUAUCCAUUAUCCUCUUAGUUACCACCAUGCUCAUCCUUGAUCAGCCUGUUCCUCAUGUCCGAUUUCUUGCGUCACUAAUGGCAAUCUCAAUCGGAUGUAUUAUCAUAGGUUACAUGUCUCUUUACAAAACCAUGACUCCACCUUUUUUCAGAAACAAUGUAAGGUAUACGCCAUUUGGCUUGUACGCUGAAGCUUGGUUCAUCGGUCUAUUCGGCAUCUUCACCUAUACAGAGCUAUUUAACAAAUCGCGCAAAUCUUUCACAAUCCGUACAAGAAGAUCGACUAGUCAUACACUUCAAUACGUAACAAGUAUGUGGAUUUUCAUCCUCAUUACAUUGAUUUUUAGGUGGGUCGAUUGAUGCACGUAGAUUGUUUUGUUUUUGUAAAAAGGGACUGUAGUGAGGCUUGAAGUUUGAAUCUAAAGGUUAAACGCUGAGGACCUCUGGUGCUAAAUGCCUGUAAUAAAAAUAAUACGGAGUAAAUUUUUGUU